CAUGAAGCCGCCAUAUCAAAAAGGCCCUUUCACAAACAAAAUCAGCAUCGCCAAAGUCUGAAAAUUUCAGUUUAAAAUCAAUCAAUCGAAUUUGCGCGAACGUAGGGGCGAUUUUUCUGAUUAGGGUUUCGUAACCUAGAUCUGAGAUGGCUGAAGAGAAGAAGAAGAAAAAGAGUGACACUAGGGUCGAUUCUGGGGAAAUCGUUGAAGAAAUCGUUUCCAAGCACACUUCUAUGAAGAAGAAGGAGAAGAAGAAGAAAAACCGAGAGAGUAAGGAUGGUUUUGCUGGAGAAGAUGAGGAGAUUGCUGGGCGUGGAAGUGAGAAAUUGGGUGAGGAUGUUGUUAAGAAGAAAUCCAAGGACCAAAUGGUUGUUUCUGAAGCUGAUGAUGCUCUGAAGAAGAAAAUUAAGGAGACAAAGGUUGAUUCUGAAGCUGAGGAUGGUGUGAAAAAGAAGAAGAAGAAGAAGAAGAGCAAGAAAGAAUCUGGGAGUGAUGUGAUAGGGAAUAGUGAAAGCUCCAAAGUUUGUGAGACACCAUUCGUGCAUAUUGAUGAUGCUGAUAAGAGAAAGGGAAAGAGAAAGCGGGAUGAUUGUGAUUUGGGAGCUGAAGAAAACACAGACAAGGAGGUUAAGAGAAAGAAGAGCAAGAAGAAGAAACAAAGUGUGGAUUCAGAGUUUGAAGAUAACAACUUGAACUCUACAGAGGAUGGAGUUCAAGUUGAGGAUUCAGAGGUUGAGGAAAACAACAAGGACUCUGUGAAAGAGGCAGAGAAUAAACAAAGUGUGGAUUCAGAGGCUGAGGAAAUCGACUUGAGCUCUACAAAAGAUGCAAAGAAGAAAAGGAAGAAGAAGCAAGAGUCUGUUCAGAGUGAUAAAGAUGUGACCACCCCAUCAAGUAAAAGCACAAAAAGGGUGAAAUUUUCUGCCGAAGUGGAAUUUUUUCCUAGUGAAGAUGAAGAAACGGAAGAUGAUGAAGAAGAAGUUACGGUGGUGAGGGGUAAACGGUAUACAAAAGAAGAAGAUGAGUUGGUAAAGAAUGCUGUAUUAGAAUACAUUGAUAACCAUGCUUUAGGAGAGGAGGGGAUAAAGAUGGUUAUGGAUUGCAAGUCACACCCACAACUUAAAGGCUGUUGGAAAGAAAUUGCAUCUGCUUUACCUUGGAGGGCAAAUAAUAGUGUGUAUAAUCGUGCACAUACUAUAUUUGAAGCAGGAUCCAAGGGGACGUGGGCGAAAGAGGAUAUUGAACUCGUUAUGGAGUUUCAAAAGAAACACGGGAAUGAUUGGAGAACACUUGCAGAUGCAAUGGGUAAACAUAGGAAGCAUGUGAAAGACGCUUGGAGGAGAGGAAGAUUGGCAGAGAAGAAGAAAGGACAUUGGAUGAGGGAGGAGUAUCAAAAACUCUUUGACCUUGUUAACAAAGACCUUAGAAUGAAAGCAUUCCAAGAGAAGCACUCAAAACAUGGUAUGCUCAAAGAUAACAUCCCUUGGAUGGCGAUAAGCGACGUACUUGGAACACGGGACCACGUCACUUGCUGCAGUAAAUGGUAUGAGCAGUUGAUGUCACCAAUGGUAGCAAAGGGAAUGUGGGCUAACGUAGAUGACUAUAGACUCUUGGAAGAGCUUUUGAAACUGGAUGCUGCUUGUAUCGACGAUGUGGAUUGGGAUAAUCUUUUGGAAAAUCGAGAUGGAGAAGCUUGUAGAAAACGGUGGAACCAGAUGAUCAUUCAUAUCGGCGUACCGAAAUCCAAAACAUUUGCAGAACAAGUUGAGAUUUUGUCUGAAAGAUAUUGCCCUGACAUAGCUGAGGACAGAGAGGAUUUUGACAACAGACCCUAUGAUCCUGAAGAUUAAGUUUGGAACCAUACAUUAGAUGUUUUCUGUUACUUUUUUUUUGUUUGUUAAAAUGUAUUGGUACUUUCUAUGUUCGCAGAUAGAAACUCUGAGAAUGUAUUUGAUUUCAGUAUGGUCAUCAGAGAAACAACUUAUUGAUA